CUCUCUCUCUCUGCCUUUUCUCCACAUCACUUUUCACUAUUCAAAUCAUUACACCCAGUACCCGAAAAGCUUGCGACAUUGAUUUAUCUAUAUGCAUUUGCCAUAAACGACUACAUUUUACAUACGCACAUAAUCUAUAUAUGUUAGUCACUACUUAGAUCUGGAAAUCUUUUGCUCCAUUUCGUUUAGACAUCCACAAAUUUUAGGCAUUUGUAUGGAACGGGAUUUUGUUUCAGCGGAUGAUUUGGUAUACGUGGGCCUCCAUUCACAUUGAUAUAUAUAUGUAUAUGCAGAAAGAGGAGGAAGACAGAGAGAUUGAUCUGGCAAGCACCGAGCCAGAAACCCCGUUGCCCCUGACUGUCACUUCAAGGGUACUGUAUAUGUUAGGGGAUAUUACAGCAGGUCCUGCUUAUCGGUUUGCACAAUGGCUUGAGCUUGUUCGCAAGCGCAGCAGCAAGUAUCGGGCCUCAGGGUUUCCUCACCGGCCUCAUCACACUGAGAGUAUGCCCAUAAGUUUGGAAAAAUAUAACAUCGAUAUAAAAACAUCCCCACCUGAGCAAGCUACAGAAAUCAGCCUGUGGGACAGACUUGGUAAAUCUGACAUGAUAGACAUUGAAUCAAGCUCCUUCUCUUGGAACACACUUUCCUCGCUUCACCAUACAGAGCAUAGCAGCAGCACAGAGCAGUCUGAGGAUGAGAUGACUAAACCACUGGAGGUCACUGUUAAUUCUGGGGGUGUUGUUUUUUUCGCUCUAUUUAACCAACCACAAAAUGAUGAGUCUUCUCCUAAGGAAGCUGCCGCUGUCAUAAAGUUCUCAUCAUCAAGGAUGGCUACCCAGUCAGAGAGGCUUGGCUAUGAAUUUGCUAAGUGGCUAGGUGUCAAAACUCCACAAGCUAGGGUUGUUCAUAAUGCCAGUUCUGAAUGGCAGCAAAUAAAGGAGGCUGCAGAAAAAGCAAAAGAUGCUGCCAUUGCAGAAGGGGAUGAAAUUGGUGAAAUGACUUGUUCAGAACUUCUGGAAGCUCUUGAGCUUAGUCGCUGCCUUCUAGUGAUGAAAGGGCAUGGGGUUUCUGCAUUUAAUGCAACUGUUGUUGGACCUCCACUCUGUUAUGUACACGGAUCUCCUUUAUUGGAAAGCUCAAGUGCUUUUGAGUCACGAGAAGUGGCAGAAAAGACUGCAGCAGCACUUGGCAGGAUUUUGAUGUUAGAUCUUGUUAUAAGAAAUGAAGAUCGCCUUCCUUGUCGCCAUCUCAGGUGGCGUGGAAACACAGCAAAUUUACUCUUGGCUGAAAAAAUUGCCAGCGCAAAUAUGGAUGCCCUGGAAUUGGCUUUUGAUUCAGCAAUCAAUAGAUAUAGACCGAAAGUUAUUCAGGCGCUUCAAAAAGAAAGAAGAGCAACUUCUAUAGACAGUAGACUAAGCCCUCCUCAACCAGGAUUGGUAUCCCAGGGUUCUGAUGUUUCUGAGAUUCUAGAAUCUCCAAAAUCUAGCAAUAUGAGUGUAAGGAGUCUUUCUUUGAAUGAGUCAGGUUGUACUGAUAUUCAUAUUUUAGCAAUAGACUCUGGGGUGCCCCGAAGACCACCAGCUGGAAAACGUGCAAAUGACCAAGCAAAUUACCCUAAGCUAGUUGAGCUCCUCAUAAACAGUUCUGAGUAUGCAUCACAACUGUUGAAUGAAAUAACCAGUGGAAAAUUGGGAACUUCGCCAGAAAAUACUGAUGCAACGACUGAUAUACGGGAAUAUGAAAUGACCUCAGUUGUACAAUCAUUCAGAAGUGGAUUUCGAGCAGCACUCAGGGACUUGCAGGGUUUUCACAUUUUCCUUCUUACUCUUCACCAGAAACUAGAUGGCCUGUUGCGAACUUUUCUCAAUAUUGUAAAUAAAUCUACUUGUGGCGAUCUUGACAAAGAGGAUCUGGUGGUUCCUGAAUCACCGUCACAGGCCCACUUUCUACCUUCACCUAGCAGGGAUCGAGCCUCUGGUGAUAAUACUUCAGACUUGAAUGAUUCAGAAUCACAGAGGGUAGUGCCAAGACAGCCAUCUGGUGGAUUUAGAGAAAGUUUAGAUAGUUGUUCUCCAAUGUCACGCGACAAUUGGCAUGGGAAGUUAGGCAAAGGGAGUGGAGAACCCUUACGUAGCUUGCGAUUGACGUCAAAGCUUCGUGAUUUCCACAAAUUUGCAAAGGUGGAUCAAGAACUAAACAAAGAAUUAGAACAGUGGACUGACAUGCUUAAAAAUGAUGCAAUUAAACUGUGCCAGGAGAAUAAUUUCACUACUGGCUUCUUUGGCAGUGAUAGCAAUUAUAUGGUUGACGCCUAUGAGCUAAAGGUCAGGCUUGAGCACAUUCUUGAGAGGACAGGAUUGAUAUCUGAAGCAGCAAACACGGAAAAGCCAUCACCAAUAUCAGGCAGUCUGUUUAUUGGCGGGGCACUUGCUGCUAGAUCUGUGUACACUCUGCAGCUUCUGGGGAUUACACAUAUUUUAUGUCUUUGCUCGAAUGAAAUUGGACAGGCAGAUUCUCAGUUUCCAGAUUUAUUUGAAUACAAAAACUUUUCGAUAUGUGAUAACGAAGAUGCUAACAUCAGUGAUAUUUUCCAAGAAGCUCACGAUUUCAUCAAUCAUGUUGAGCAAAUAGGUGGUAAAGUGUUGGUUCAUUGCUUUGAAGGGAAGAGCAGGAGUGCAACACUGAUUCUCGCUUAUUUGAUGCUCAGAAAUACUUCCAAGCGAGGCAUGAAAUCAAUGAAGAUAGUUCAAUUCAGCAAUUUUUUUGCCGUUCGCCUAUGAAAAGGAACAUCAUAAGUGUCACAUGCAUUCAAUUGUGAAGUUUCAUCUAAUGCAGAAACUUUACCCUAUUGCAAGCGUGGAAUGCGCUGAAACGAGCGCACCGCAGAGCCCAGCCUAAUGAUGGGUUCGCGAGGAUUCUGUUGGACUUGGACCAAAAGUUGCACGGGAAAGUUUCAAUGGAAUGGCAACAUCGGAGACCGAUGAUAAAGGUGUGUCCGAUCUGUGGAAAGAACGCUGGACUGAGCAGCAGCUCUUUGAAACUUCAUUUGCAGAAGUCACACAAGAAAAUAUCAUCAGGGAGUGUGGACAGUGCCAUGACAAUGGAGAUACAGAAGGCACUCGAUGCACUCAAGAUAAGUCGAGGUGGAAGUGUCAGCCCAACCCAAAGACAAUCUCCCUCCAUGACCGAAGAAUAACUCUCUUUUAUUUAUCUCAUCCAAAAACAGAUCUUCUGUUAAUAUGUGUAGAAUGCAAAACUCACUAUAUUUACAACUACCUACACAUGCUUGCUAUCCAACAAACACUAUACCUUUUUUAA